AUGACAAUGUCAAGUAGCUUCUCUAUAGAAAACGAGAAAUAUGAUGACGAUGGAGUCAUAAAACGAACAGGAACAUGGGUGACUGCAUCUGCGCACACAAUAGCUGCUGUGAUUGGAUCUGGAGUGUUGUCAUUGUCUUGGGCUGUUGCACAAUUGGGAUGGAUUGCUGGAACUACUAUUCUCAUGCUCUUCGCUCUCAUUGCUCUCUUCACUUCUCUUCUCCUUACAAGUUGCUAUAGGUAUCCUGAUCCCAUUUAUGGAAUCAGAAAUCCUACCUACAAGGUGAUGGUGCAAAAUAUUCUAGGAGGAUUUCAAUACAAGCUUUGUGCAUUAGCUCAGUACACAAAUCUUGUGGGAGUUACCAUUGGCUUCACUCUCACAGGAUCCAUUAGCAUUGAGGCCAUACAAAAAUCCAAUUGUUUCCAUAAGAAUGGCCAUGAAGCAAACUGCACUUCAUCCAGCUAUCAGUUUAUGGCAAUCUUUGGAAUCUUUCAGAUUUUACUAAGCCAAAUCCCUAAUUUCCAUGAACUUACAUGGCUGUCUGUUGUUGCUGCUGUCAUGUCUUUUGGUUAUUCUCUCAUUGGCAUUGGUCUUUCCAUAGCAAAGAUUGCAGCGGGAGGAAAAAUUGCCCAUACAGGCCUUACAGGACUAGUUGUUGGAGAUCAUAUCACUAGCAGAGAGAAGAUGUGGAAUAGUUUCCAAGCAAUCGGAAACAUAGCGUUUGCAUUUUGUUUCAGUAUGGUCAUUGUUGAGAUACAGGACACUUUAAAAUCAAGUCCGCCAGAAAUUAAAGCCAUGAAGAAAACAACCUAUUAUUCUGUUGCAAUCACCACAUUCUUUUAUGCAAUGUGUGGUCUUCUAGGCUAUGCAGCAUUCGGGAACGAAACACCGGGAAAUUUCUUAACCGGAUUUGGUUUCUACGAACCAUACUGGCUCGUUGACAUAGGUAACAUUUUCAUUUUUAUUCAUCUCGUUGGAGCUUAUCAAGUCUUCGCACAACCUAUAUUUUCGGCUGUAGAAAAUUGGGGAAAUAAGCGCAAUCCACAAAGCAAAUUGAUGAAAAAAGAAUACAAUGUAAAAAUCCCAUUGGUUGGAACAUGGAGAAUGAACAUCUUCAAGUUUAUAUGGAGGACAACCUAUGUGAUAAUCACAACAUUGAUUGCUAUCAUAUUUCCUUUCUUCAACAACGUUGUGGGUUUGCUAGGAGCUCUAUCGUUCUUUCCAUUGACAGUGUAUUUUCCAACAGAGAUGUAUCUAACCAGAGCUAAAGUGCCCAAAUAUUCUUGUGUGUGGAUUGGGAUAAAAGCUCUAAGUGUUUUUUGUUUGCUGGUCUCUGUUGUUGCUGCAGUUGGAUCAGUUGAAGGAAUUAUAUCUGACCUCAAGACUUAUAAGCCCUUAAAGGCUACUUAA